ACAUACAAAAUCAGCAGGGGAUCAAAUACUUUUUUCCCUCACUGUACACACAAGUUCACCAAGUAACAGAUUACUGUGGGGUUAUCAAGGUCGCAACGUUUGUCUUUCAAAUUUCUUGUCAAUUCCAAGCUUAUGAUUUCCAAAGGUUUAUGAACUGACAACAGUUCAAACGGCACUGAUCCAAAAUCUGCCGGUUGCAUUUGUCCCCAUAGGGACUAAGUCUCCAGCUGGACGUUUCUUAAUGGUUCAACAGCCAAUGACCUGGAGGGAGGCUCAGCGCUACUGCAGAAAGCACCACACAGACCUGGCCAGUGUGAGGAACCAGGCUGAGAACAAAGAGAUCUGUAACGUGGCCGGGAGUAGUGCCGUGUGGAUCGGCCUGUUCAAAGACACCUGGGAAUGGUCGGACCAGAGUAACUCCUCGUUCAGAUACUGGGUCGACAGAGAACUGAACGAGUCCUGCGCGGCUUGGAAUCGUAGUACCUCAGGCCAAUGGAUAGACAGAGAAUGUCUGAAGGAAUUUCCCUUCGUUUGCUACGGUAACCCAAGACCCCCAACAGUCAAGAAGAUGCAGGUAGUGAGAAUGACCCCAGACCCAAACUUGAACCUGAAUGAUGCUAAGGUGAGGGAGGCCAUUUUACAGCAGAUAAUGGAGAAAAUGAAGGCCAAUGGGAUAACUUCAAACUGAGAUGGAAAGAGCAGGCAGAUGGAAAGGUCUUCCACAAGGAAGAGAAGAAAGAAUGUCAGAAAGAGAGAAAAAGGGGGCCAAAAAAGAAGAGCUUUGAAUAGAAGCACAGAGUUAGAGUGUGGAUCGUUUGCCCCGUGCCAGCUAUAAUUAAUGAUUCCCUUCUCAUCUCACAUUGUACUCAUUUAUCAUGAACCAUUAUUAAAUAUCAUAAUUAAGUGAUAAUGCCCGAGAAGCCGGUGUUUGGAGGAUAUAUUGGCAUGGGUGUUGUUAGGCCUGAGACGAAGUCAAGAGCCGGCAAACUGUGCAAAUUAAAUUCUCCAAACACUGGCUUCGAGGGCAUUAUCACAUUUAUACAACGGGUUACUGACAUAUUCAAAUAAUGAUUUACAUAUUUUCAUUAAAAACUUUAUUUUGAUUACCUUAUUCAUACUAUUUCAUCCUUCCAGGGUUGCUACCCAAGCCGGCUGGUCGGUCGUUCGUUCUAUCGGUUCGGUUGCCAGA